UUGGGGAAAAACAAACAAAGUCUGUUUUCCUUCCGUUUCCUUUCACACCACCUAAGGCCAUCGGAGCCAUCAAGCAUCCUCUGUACUGUAGCUACUUGAAGAACCAUACAAUGGCAAAGAGAAAAAGAGAAGCAACAGAUUUGAAUGCUGCUGAAGGGGGCGACGAAGAUGAUGAGAUAACAACAGCGACGAGAGAGAUAUCGCCGGCGCAUUAUGUGUUCAAGAUCGAGUCUUUCUCUCUAUUAUCAGAGAACGACAUCACCAUGUAUGAGACGAACGACUUCAAAGUUGGUGAUCAGACCUGGAGAUUGAUUAUCUAUCCUAAUGGAGACAAGAGUAACGAGGGAGAAGAUCACUUGUCCCUGUAUCUGACUGUUUCUGAGGCCAAUCCUCUGAAAGUUGACGGGGAGAUAAAUGCAACUGUUAGGUUCUUUGUGUUCGAUCAAAUUUGCGAUGAAUACUUGUUAAGAGAAGGUACGUUUGUUCCCAUAAAUUUAUAAAGGAAA